AACCCUUCCAGGCUUCCACCAUCACAGAAUUUCACGCACCUGUAAUCAAAAUUUUUUCUUUGUUUCGAUUUCAUUUCAUGUCUAUCUACUGCCAACCACUUCGUGCCAUAGACUAGAAUGUUCAUGUUGAGAUCUUCAUGCCCUCGCAUGUUACCUCCCUCUCUCUCUCUCUAUAAAAAUAGAUUCUUUUCUUCCCAUCUUCUGCUCUUCGAUAAGAAGAAAUAGAUAGUCUUCUGUUUGGAAAUUUUCGUUUCCCUCAUGGCUGUUUCUAAAGUCUUUGUUGCUUCACUUGUCCUCUUUCUCCUUGUUCUCCAUCUGGCUGAAGCUAACCAAAUGUUGAGCAACAGUAAAGCUACUACAAAUACCAUAGGUAAGACAAAUAUAGAUUGCGCAGCAGCAUGCACUGCUAGAUGCCGGUUAGCUUCGAGGCAGCGGCUCUGCCAUAGGGCUUGUGGGACAUGCUGUGCUAGAUGCAACUGUGUCCCUCCAGGCACGUCAGGCAAUGAAGAUGUGUGUCCCUGCUAUGCCACCAUGACAACCCAUGGUGGCAGACACAAGUGUCCUUAAUUAUCAUAACAAGUGUCCAUAUAUUGAAGGGUUUCCAUAAGGGAGGGUUAUCUCGUUUGUAUAUAUUGAAUAAGAGAGGGUGGGUUCUCUAGCUGGUUUGUAAAAUGAUAGCUGACUUUGUUCUUAGCUACUGUUAUUUACGUACGUGUGUAUGAUAUUGGUGGUAAGUUAAAUAGUAGGAGAAUCUUCUAAGUA